UUCAUUUUGGCUGCAGCAACGACGGCUACUAGUUAUUCUUUCGCUCGACCAUGUUACGAUGAUUCGGUUACGUUACGAUAAACACGACGGACGUAAUGCAAGCUUAAGAAGUGUGACCCCAAACACGUGACACGCCGAUAGCCGCUGGCAGACUUCCCUUCUACCAAGAUGUGCUUUUGUCGAGCCGGACGACAAAACCAAUGACUAUUCCAUUUUCAGAUUUAAUCAAGAUGAAACCUAAGCAGUUCAUCCCGUGAUGCGGGACAGAAAUCUGAUUUUAUUGGCGGUGGUGUUGAUCGUCAAGAUGUGUAACGGAAGAGAUGAUCCAGAUGAUGAUGACAAGCAACAGAUAGUUAACUGGGAUAAAGAGAAGCAAGAAAGUAAAGAUGAUCUGUUGGAUUUGAUCGAAAAAACCAGCAAUUUGCAAAUGUGUUUCGAAAAGAAUCCCUAUCAAGUUCUUUCUAUCGACUUUCCAGUUCAUUUAUUCAGCACCGUCAGCCAAAAAGUCGAUUUAGGGGCUAAACUAUUGGGAGAGUAUUAUCCAAGAAGAGAAGAGAGAAUGAUAAAGUCAUUCGGAGAAGAAGUAUUACAAUCGGACGAAUUAAUAUUUGGAACGAGAGUUCUUUGGAUAGCAAAUGGAUCGUUACAGUCUCCUGGUUUAUACUCGUCUGUUUGGAAGCCUAUUCGUGGCAAUGAUAAGAAGCUGGAAAGGUCAACCACGUAUAACGAAUCUGUAACGGACAUGCCUUGGUUGAACGAGAAAGCCGACGGCAAUAGCAAGAUACAAAAUACUGAUUUAGAAAACGGUAGUUAUACCACAAGCCAGUGGACGCAUCCUUACUUCAGCUGCACUUUCAAAAAAUGGAUUAUAUCAUAUACUGUUUUAGUUUAUGCCAAUCAAAACCUUGAAAACACCCGUUACAAAACAGAAAUGGAAGAAAGGUUAGUGGGUCUUAUCAGUGCUGAUGUGGAUGUCUCAGAUAUAGACAUAAAUCAGUGUGACACACCUACUAAUUCCUUACAGAUCUCAGCUUUUCUCCAUACACAUAAAUGUGACAAUGUUACUAGUCAGUGUAUAUUUACUCCAGGUUAUGGCUGGACUCGAGGGUCAUAUAAAUGCCAAUGUAGGAAUAGUUAUUAUUCUCCAAUGGCCAGUCCUAUCUUCAAUGGUACCCUAGUGGAAUAUUCCUGGAAACAGAAAAUUAUGGUCAAUAGUCCUUCUUAUGAGAUGCUGUAUGUAUGCAAGUCAUGCCAAGAUGGAUGCAACGUAUGUGUUGAUGAUUCCCCUUGCUUAUCUCAUUACAACUGGGCCUUCCGGAUAUCACUAUUGACCAUAUCUGUGAUCUGCAUCAUUUUGACUAUUGUUUUAGCUGGAUAUGUUUACCGUUACAGAAAACUCAAAGUAAUUAAAGUAGCCAGUCCCAUAUUUCUUUGCAUAACUCUUCUAGGUUGUGCUAUAAUGUACAGUGAAAUGGCUGCUAUAUUUCCUGUUCUGGAAGUUUACAGCUGUGUGGCUACAAAAUGGACUAGACAUAUGGGUUUCUGUAUAACUUAUAGUGCACUUCUACUUAAAACUUGGAGAGUCUCACUCACUUAUCGAGUAAAAUCAGCUCACAAGUUAAAGCUAACAGAUAAGCAACUUCUGCAAUGGUUAUUUCCCAUCUUAUUAGUGAUGGCUAUUUAUUUAGGUACAUGGACAAUCUCAUCUCCACCUGAAGGAAUAUAUAUAUCAGAUUGGGAUCAUUUAAAAUUUCGACAAUGUGAUUUUAAUUGGUGGGAUCAUAGCAUAGCCAUAGGUGAAUUUUUAUUUCUGUUGUGGGGUAUACGUGUGUGUUACAAUGUCCGCCAUGCUGAGUCUUUCUUCAAUGAAGCCAAACACAUCAGUUGGGCCAUCUACAACAUCACAAUUGCCAAUAUUAUCAUGGUGAUGAUUCACAUUGUCAUUUUGCCAACAGCUGGUCCAGACAUCAAAUAUUUAUUUGGAUUUAUUCGCACUCAGCUUAGCACUACAGUCACAGUUAUUCUUAUUUUUGGACCAAAGUUCUAUCGAGUAAUUAGAGGGGAAGGUGAUACUUGGGAUAAUAGAGCCAGAGCAAGAGGAGUAACAGCUUCCUUUUCAUUAAAUGGAGUUGGUCUAGUUCACGAGGAAACAACUGAUCUUUAUCAAGAAAAUGAAGAAUUAAAGGAAGAGAUACAAAAAUUAGCAGCACAGAUAGAGUUCAUGAAGAUUGUUCAUAUGGAAAUAAAUAACCGUCAUCUUAAACCAAAACAUGGGAACUUUUUUAGUCAGACUAGUACAACACAAAGUCCCAUUAUUAAGUCUAUGUACAUGAAAUUUGAUAGUACAGAUUCUCCAGGAUGUCAUAUAUCCCCAGCUGCAGAACUAGUAAGUGAAAGGGUCUAGUUAUAAAAAAAAAAAACUGCUUUAUACAACCGAGCUUCAAAUUUUGCUGACAGGCAAUCAACGAUUAUUUGUAUUAUGAUUGCCAGAAAACUGAUUUAUUUUGAUGUGUGAAAAUAUAGGUAGAAUUCCAAAGUUCACUUUUUUUCAAGUCUACAAAAUCUUCGUGCUUCCAAUGACAUCCUUUGCUCCUCAUUUUGCCUGUGUGAAUUGAUUAACGUAUUUACCAUUUACUUGUCCCAGUUCAUAAAAGCAAAAAAUCAAAUAAUGGGACCAUAACAAUGUUGUAUUAAUGUAUAUCAGUAUGCAUAGAAUGUAUUAUAAAUAAUUUAUUGGGAAAAUGUCUGUCAGUUAUUAUUAUAUUUGUGAUUAAUUUUUAGUGAUUAAUUUGUGAAUCAUUUUCUACAUAAAUCCAAAAUUCUUGGAGGUGUAACACAGAGUACCUUGAACUACAGCAUGCCAUGGUCCAUAUGCAAACUUUUCAGCUAAGCAAUCUGACAAGAAUUUUUUCAAAUAUUCUGAGAUCUUAAAAUCAUUGAGUGGGAAAAAUAUAAGAAGUGUAUGGAAAUGCAUUCUAUUUCAGAAGCUUUUGUAUAUAAAUUGUAUAGGAGUUACAUCACAUCGAGUUUUCUGUUUUAGAUUAUUAUUAAUACUAUUAAAAAAAUUGAAUUUAUUUCAUCAUCAUCAUAAGAAUCAUGAUGUGUAGAUGUACAUAAAUUCAAAUAUAUUUAUAAAAGUCAGCAUAAAUUACUGCAGUUCCAUCUGUCAUAUCUGAAUUGUUGUUUUAUAAAUAUAUUGCCAGAAGUUGAAAGUUGAAUCUUCAUAAUUUUGAUGCUGUUGAAAUCUUUUGUUAAAAUAUAAAAUAAAAUAAGAGAAUAAAACUUUCAUUUAAUUUAUGUUAUUUUACUUAUUUAUGAUGAGUUAAAAAUUAUUUUUAUGUAAAAUAGUAAAAACUAAU